GAGCUGUCACACUGACAGCUCUGUGCCCUGAUUAUCUGUGUAGCCCCAGCAGCGCCACCUAUCAGUGCCAGCUCUCAGUGCUCAUCCAUGCCACCUGCCAGUGCCCAUCAGAGCCACAUCAAUGCCACAUAUCAGUGCCCAUCUGAGCUGCCUUUCAGUGUCACCCGUCAGUGCCACCUAUCUAUGUCAGUCAGUGCCACCUAUCAGUGCUGCCAAUCAGUGCCACCUAUCAGUGCCAGUCAGUGCCGCCUAUCAGUGCCAGUCAGUACCACCUAUCAG